AGUCACGUGACCGGUAGACGAACACAUACAAACUUGGCUUGUGGUAAAUAACACAACAAUCACAAGACGGUGCGUUAUAAAUUCUGCAGUUGCACCUCCAGGACGUACUCCUGUCAGAGCUACCCGAAGAGGACAUAAUCUUUUAUUUACAUUGGAGUUAUUAUGGCGAGUUAACUUCCUGAAACUGUAUUUAGUCCUGAACUUCUUCCACUUAUUUGGAUGAAUGUCUUCAGAUAAAAUGGCACUGUCGUUGCCGCCUGCAGCUCUUUUGGCGCUUAUUGUUUUCGUCGCAGCAGAAGUGAUCCUCUGUUCAGAAAGCAAUAAAUGUGUUGCCAGAAGCUUUGGCCAUGACUCCAUAGUGUGUGAAUGUAAUGCCACCUACUGUGACAGUGUUGGGACCAUCACCUCUCCUCCUCUGGGCCGGUAUUCCUCCUACCUGUCCAGCAUGGCAGGCAGCCGGCUGGAGGCCAGCCAGGGUCAGGUCCAGGUGAACAGCUCAGGAGCAGGCCUCAGGUUGACCAUCGUUCCCUACCAGAAGUAUCAGAAGAUCAGGGGAUUUGGUGGCGCAAUGACUGAUGCAGCAGCCAUCAACAUUCUCUCUCUGUCCCCGGGGGCCCAGGAACAGCUGCUUCGACAGUACUUCUCCAAAGAAGGUAUUGGCUACAGUGUUGUACGUGUCCCCAUUGCCAGCUGUGACUUUUCCACCCGCUUGUACACCUACGCUGACACCCCUGGGGACUACACCCUGGACAAUUUCACUUUGUCUCCUGAGGAUGUAAACAUGAAGAUACCCCUCCUGCAGCGUGCCCAGGCAAUGUCUCCUCGUCCCCUGUCCCUGUUUGGCAGUGCCUGGACUGCCCCCGCCUGGAUGAAAACUAAUAAUGCACUUAUAGGGAAGGGCUCGCUGAAGGGCCGGCCAGGGGGCAAAGAACAUAAAACAUGGGCUCAGUAUUAUAUCAGGUUCCUUGAAGAAUAUGCUAAAUAUAACUUGACUUUCUGGGCAUUGACGACAGGAAAUGAGCCCACUGCAGGACUCACUACAAACUACAGCUUCCAGGCUCUGGGCUUCACUGCUCAGGAGCAGCGGGACUGGGUGGUUAUGGACUUGGGCCCGGCUUUGACUGCAUCGUCAUUUCCAGAUACACACAUCAUCAUACUGGAUGACAACCGCUGGCUGCUGCCCUACUGGGCCAAGGUGGUUCUAAAUGAUGUUCAUGCAGCACGGUACAUUCAUGGAAUCGCGGUCCACUGGUACCUGGACAGUUUUAUCCCUCCUGAUAUAACCUUAGGAGUCACCCAUCACCUCUAUCCUGAGUAUUACCUGUUGGCCACUGAGGCCUGCGCUGGUUGGAUACCAAUAGACCGAGGAGUGAAGCUGGGAAGCUGGAAGAGGGCUGAACUCUACGCAAAAGACAUCAUAGAGGACUUAAAUCAUCACGUUGUGGGCUGGACUGACUGGAAUCUGGCACUGGAUCAGACUGGUGGACCAAACUGGGUCAAAAACUUUGUAGACAGCCCUGUUAUAGUAGAUGAAAAGCAUGACGUCUUCUAUAAGCAGCCAUCUUUUUACAGCAUGGCCCACUUCAGUAAGUUCCUGUGGGAGGGGUCACAGAGGGUGGGAGUAUCUGCCAGUGAAAAGACGGAGAUGGAGUACACUGCCUUCAUCAGACCGGAUGGUUCAAUGGCCAUCAUCAUACUCAACAGGUCAUCGUCUGAGAUCAAGUUUGAAGUCUGGGAUCCAGCAGUGGGAUACAUUCGUAACACCAUUCCAGCUCGUUCACUGCUCACACUUGCUUGGAGCAGAAAUUAACUGUGUAAACACUAAUGCAACAGUACAUGUUGAAAAUGUCUGCAAAUUUCAUGAGUAAAGAAAAAAAGAAGCAUUUUAUACAAUAACCUUAAAGUUACCAAAGCAAAGAGUGUGUAAUUUAUCAGUACCAUAUCAACAGAUUUAUUUUUCAGUGCAGGUUUGUUUUGACAGAGACUUCUGUGAUUUUUUAAAUUAAGCCUUGUCAGAACACUAGAUUAACCUGUGGUGCGUCACUCUCAGCUAGACACGUGCUGCUUGCAUGGUCACAUAACUGAAGAAAAAAUGUUCAGAAUCUGUAAUGUCUUGGCUGUUGACUUCCAAAUACAUGCAGCAGACUUUAUUCAUAAUCCUCUAACAACUUUGAGUGCAGAGGAAAUAAAAUGCCACAUGGUAAAUGAACUGUAA